GGGAAAGACCCACCGGUGGCUGAAAUGUCGCCCCCUGGAGGCCAUACGACUGGUAGUCGUGUGCCCAGUAAAAUUGAUGGAAUGAGUGUCUUCAAGCAGCGCCUCGUUAUGGUCGGCAUCCUCAUAUGCAUCGGCUGCAUCAUAGCCAUGGCUGUGUUCGUCCAUGUCGCGGGCGGUCCAAGACAGGCCACUAGGAACCUGCCCUGCGUGGGCCAGGAGUGCCUUGAGGUCGUCGAAUAUACCGAGAGCCUGAUGGAUCACAACGUGAACCCGUGCUCGGACUUCUACCGACACGUGUGCGGUCGAUGGAUCAACAACACGAAGCGCCCAUCCUCCUUCAUGAUCGACGUGGCGAAAAACUUCUCGGAAACACUCCACGAGGUGCUCGUCCGGGCCCACGUCCACGGCGAGAACCACGAACUGAUGCAGAACGCCGCUAUCUUCUACAAUUCCUGCAUCACGUAUCUCAAGGCAGACGCCGACAUACAGGCCUCCACGGACGAACUAUUCAAGGUGAAGAACCAUCCUUUCUUCGCGGUUCGCACUUGAGGUUUGGCGGGACCUCGUCGUUGGCUGUCUUAACGAUUAAACUGGGCCGACCACAUCGGGAAGGGCAAGGCUGGGACGGAGUGCAAAAACGUUCGUGCACCGUGAGUACGUUAAGGAACUCGACGUUGUCAAAAUUAAUCCGGAGCACUUUGAUAAAGCGUUUUUUUUCUUAGCCCCGGUGUUACCUUAAAUUUUACAUUUCCAUCAAUCAGCCAUGUUCAAGAAUUGACUGAGUCAUCUGCCGGUUAUACUCAAAUAAAGUGCAAGGAGUAGGUUGAGGUAAAGGCCAUGGAUGCACUGCUCUUUCUUUCUUACAGCAUUCAUCUAGACCCAACUCUAUGGUGCUAAGGCUGCGCUGAUGAGGUGUGGCACGCACAGGGAUACUGAUACAAAAAUGCUAA